GGAAAUGACAAUCCUAUGAUCACAUGUGUUUUCUUACAGAAGCAGCAGCCAGUGAAGUCAGUGAAUGGCUACUACCAGCUGACUGGCGUAGUCUCUCAUUUGGGAGGCCUCGCAAGCUCCGGGCACUACGUUAGUGACAUCCUGAAUGCCAGUGGAAACUGGUUCUGUUGUAACGAUAGCCAGGUGUCAAUGUCCAAUGAAGCCACUGUGCUGAGGACCAGAGCCCGGAGUGCUUACCUGCUCUUCUAUAUGUUCAGGACAGGAGAGCAGCAGGCCCCAGCACACAGGGCCUAAUAGGGCCACCAGCACCAGCCUCAACAGGGGCAGAACCUGGCCCAGCCUCAACACCUAUAGCCCAGACUCAACACCCUCAGCCCAGCCUCAACACCCUCUGCCUAGCCUCAACACCCUCAGCCCAGCUUCAACACCCUCAGCCCAGCCUCAACAGGGGUAGUACCAGGCCCAGCUUCAACACCCCCAGCCCAGUCUCAACAGGGGUAGAACCAGGCCCAGCCUCAACACCCUAAGAUCUGCCUCGACAGGGGCAGCACUGGGCUCAGCCUCAACAGGGGCAGCACUGGCUCAGCCUCAACACCCCCAGCCCAGCCUCAACACCCCCAUGUUUGCCCCUCUUCAUGUCUUUCCCUGACGAUAUUCCCACUGCUGUGUCUGAAAAAAUAAAAUAAUAACUUAACGAAUCUGAUUUCCGAUCUCCCCCCACCAUAAAUUAUGACUGGUCUGUCAAUCAUGCGGCUCAAGGGAGACUUGCUCUUCAACACUAGCAUGAUCAUCCUUUUCAGUAGCUUACAUCAUAAAUAUCUGCCCUUGUUUCGACUACUUGUAUAAAGCGCAUUGAAAAACUAAUAAAGUAUACACACUAAAUGUAGUACACAUG